CCAGCUCCGAGCGACAGGCGAGCGGGCCAAUGCCGGACGGUCUCUAGGCCUGACAGCCAAUCGGGGGCCGGGGAUCGGGUGUGCGGAGCCGGCAAGAAGAAGAGGCACUGAAGCGUCACCCACCAGAGAGGCUGGUCGCCUCAGCCCCACCCCCGCGGUGGGUCCCGGCCCUGCCUGUCCCCCGCCAGGCUGGCAGAGCCCGCGCUCGCGGCUGCAGGAGGUGCGGCGGAGCGGACUCAGCCCGCGGAUCGGAGGGUGCAGGGAGCGCGGACCCGGGGCUUGGGGGAUCUCCCCGCCCUGGCCUCCCGCCUGUCGCCACCACCGCUAGCCUGUCCGGCUGAGCUUGGCGCCCCAGGAUUAAGGAGAAGAGAAGGGGAAGAGAAGUCAUCUCAGAGUAAAAGCUCCAUCCCUGCCUCUGAAGUUAUGAUCCCCUGCUUUUCGCCUUGUUCCAGGCAGCCACUAGCUCCCCCAAAAGCACCCAGGGAGGCAGAAAGUUCCCUUUAUCCAAGGAGGUGGCCACUGACACAGGUAGCAGGGCCACAGGCUGGGACACUCCUGAUGUCAGACGUGAGUGGGCAGGUUGACUGACCACAGGCAGUCUCUCAGCAUCAGCAUGAACUCCAGGAUCCCGUCUACUAAGGGCUGGUUCAGCAGCCGCCCACCCACCUCUGAGCCUAGCCUCGAGCCUGUCACAGAUGGACCAGCCUCUGAAACCACCGUGCUCAGCCCAGAAGCCACCAGCUUUAAUGACACCAGAAUCCCUGACGUAGUUGGUAGCACAGCCGGCGUGGGCACAAUGCUUCUGUCCUUUGGGAUCAUCACAGUGAUUGGCCUCGCUGUGGCCAUGGUUUUAUACAUCAGGAAGAAGAAGAGGCUGGAGAAGCUACACCACCAGCUCAUGCCCAUGUACAGCUUCGACCCCACCGAGGAACAAGAUGAACUGGAGCAGGAGCUGCUGGAGCACGGGCGGGAUGCUGCCUCUGUGCAGGCAGCCACCUCUGCGCAGACCCUGCAAGGCAAGACCACUCUCCCCUCUCAGGGCCCCCUACAGAGGCCCAGCCGGCUGGUGUUCACCGACGUAGCCAACGCCAUCCACGCGUGAGCGGCCCAAGGACAGGCCCGGAUCUCUGAUGAAGACACCUGCCUCCGUGCCCACAAUGCUGCCUGUUCUCAGGACCCGCCCUACUGAGGUCCCAGCUGUUGCGAGGACCCACCUGCUGACUCUCCAGGCUCGAAUAGAGGCCCCUAGCCAGGCUGGGCCUCUGGCCACUGACGUCCCCUGAUGUAAGAGCCCCUAGCAUGGAGGGCAUCCCUCCUGUCAGAAAGGUUGAGAGCCAUUGCUGGCUUCCUUGUGUCCUGCCCAGACCCCUCACAUCAGGGUCUGCUCCUCUAAAGUGGAAGACGAAGUGGGGGAGACAUGGGAUGGGAGAGGGAGGGGUGUAGGGAGGGUAGUUCCCUCUGUCAGAGAGAGACCUGUCUUUGGAAUCUGGAGCCUCUGGGGUGGGAGAGGUAACCCACCACCCAGGUCUCGGGGACAGGGUAUGGUGGCAGCCCGGGAUGGAGCUGAGCAAGGACACCAGGAGGAGGGCCGCUCAUACCCAAAGUAGGUCCAUAUUACAGAGUGUCUGUGAGGUCUUCCAGCCACCCUUCCCUGGCAGCCAGCUGUUGGUUGAACCCAAGCUAGGAUGGGAGCUGAGGCAGAAGGGAAGUGGGGGGACAGCACCCAGGCCUGCUGUAAGGCCUCAUGCGUGUGCAUGAACAUGCCCAUGUGCAGACGUGUGCCUGUCCCAGCACAGGGGGCAGGAUGCAGACCCCCUGCAUUGGCUCCACCCUCUAUUCGCCCCGACCCCCAGGUGUGUGGAGGAGCGUGGGGUAGGCCAUCUUCUCUGCCGUCAAUGUUCAGGGACUGAAGGGAGAGGGAAGCACAGGAGUGAGGGUGCCACUUCCCACCGCAUCUCUUCACUGGGCUCUAAAAGCCAGAGAAACCUGCUCCUAUAGACUGGGGAGCCGGGGCUGGAGGGGGUGCGGAGGCUGUUGGUAUGAGGGCCAUGGUCACAGGCUGCGGGCUAGCUAGUGAGGAUGUUCUGCCUGCCAGAAACAGACCUAAGAAACCUAGUCUGUUGUUUUUUUUUAUCACAUUGUCCACCCACCCCAUGCCCCUCAGGGAUUCUACCCGUCUGGGGCAUCUGGGCAAGGCACUGGUCCAAGCUAAACCCCAAGAGCUGGGCACUUUUUCUACACUGGGCGUGCAGCGCCCAUGAACACGCACAGAAGCAUGCCCCCGUGCCCAGCCUCACCACUGUCCUGCGCUGGUUGGAGGGGACGUGGGGGCGGCAUGUACAAAUCUGUUGGGCAGAUACCACGUGUCAGGAUGUGUGGGCCUAGGUGGCCCACAUGGGGAAGAUUCUGGAUUUAUUCCCUCCUCUAGAUGCUAUAAAUACGUUAUCACUUGAACCGACUGGAGGGCUGCGGGUAAUUUAGGAUGCACAGAAGCUGUAAUUUAACUCACAGCAUCUCCAUGUGAGAGCAUUAAAGAUGUUAUUAAGAUGUU